CCAGCCUGUGAUUGGAGGACGGGCUGCCACGUGCGCAUUUCUUUACUCUCCCCGGUGGUUCGCAUAGACCGUAGAAUUCUGUACAGUCUGUAUAGAGGGUUAGUGUGGUUCGGUUGUGACCUGACAGGUCGGUCUGAGAGGAAACCGGAGGGUCUAAUGGUUCGACUGCAGCCUGAAGAACCUCCUGCAGAGCGACCAGGGGCUUUUUUAAUGCGUCACACUGAACCUGCUUUAGAACACCCGCAAUGGCUUUGAGUUCGUUCGAUAUCGAUGCUCCGCGAUGGGAUCAAUCGACGUUUAUGGGCCGACUGAAGCACUUCUUCAACAUCACCGACUGUCGAACGGCGGUGUUGCCCGACUCACGCCUGGAUGAAGCCAAAGCUUUAGUAGAAAGCUGCAGGGCAGGAUCCGUCCCUCCUGGUACCACAGAGGAGCAGCUCCACUACGCUAAGAAGCUGUACGACUCAGCCUUCCAUCCAGACACCGGAGACCGAAUGAACAUCAUUGGCCGCAUGUCGUUCCAGGUGCCUGGAGGCAUGGCCAUCACCGGCUGCAUGCUGCAGUUCUACAGGACGGUUCCUGCUGUGGUGUUCUGGCAGUGGGUCAAUCAGUCCUUCAACGCUUUGGUCAACUACACCAACCGCAACGCUGCUUCUCCAAUCACUCCCAAGCAGAUUGGAGUGGCCUACAUAACGGCAACCAGCACAGCUUUAGCAACGGCAGUCGGACUCAACCUCUACACAAAGAAAGCUCCUCCUCUCGUGGCUCGCUGGGUUCCCUUUGCAGCCGUGGCAUCAGCUAACUGUGUCAACAUUCCCAUGAUGAGGCAGCAGGAAAUUCUGAAUGGCAUCGCUGUCACAGAUGAAAACGGCAACAAACUGGGUCACUCUAAGAAAGCAGCGGUAAAAGGCAUCACUCAGGUGGUCAUUUCUCGGAUCACCAUGGCGGCACCAGGAAUGAUCAUCCUCCCCAUCAUCAUGCAAAGGCUGGAAAAAUACAAGUUCAUGCAGAGGAUCACGUUUCUCCACGGACCAAUUCAAGUGAUGAUGGUGGGAGCGUUUUUGAUCUUCAUGGUUCCGGCUGCUUGUUCGCUGUUUCCUCAGAGAUGCUCCAUGUCUGUGUCCAAGCUGGAGCCGGAGCUCAGAGACUCCAUCGUGUCUCGGUAUGGAAGCAGCGUCCAACAGGUUUACUUCAACAAAGGCCUCUGAGGCCUGAUGAGCCAAAUACAGACAUGUUUAUGUAGCGUGUCCUCAUUUUCUAAUUAUUAGUCAUCAUCAAAUGCUCGUUUCUUUUUCAUUUCAUCUUCAAAUCGUUGCUUCUCUUUGGGAGCAGGCUUCUGAUCAAUCAUGUCACUUUUUUAUCUGAAUCAUGACAGACUCUGAUCUCCUGUUGAGAAACCAAAUGAUCUCCUCUCAGGAACAUCGUCUGUAGUUGUUUUCUGUUUGUUUCUGUCUCAGCAUUACAAAAUGCGCCUUCGGUUCCGCCGAGCUUCUUUACAGUUUGUGCCUUUUUACAAAGUGGCCGGAGUUUUGACUGUUCUGUAGUUUUUUAUCUUUUCUUUUCUCUGAUACUGGCCUGACUGUGAAACCUGAAACGCCUCUAUGUGUGAGUCUGAGACGGUCAUUCGGUGCAGUGGAAACUGCUGCCCUCUUCUGCCAGACUGGAAGUAGAUGUGUGAUUUAUCUGACAGGUUUUGCACUCUGACCUCAGUAGAAGCUGGAAUAAAACCACAUGAAUAUUUGAA